AUGGCUAUUGUAGAAAUAGGAGAGUGCAGCAGUAGCAGCUGUGUAAUUAAAGUGGGGUAUGGACUCAAAAUGAAUGAAGAGGAUAUACCCGAUUUAAGCUCGGCUCGUAUCUUCCGCGUGCCAAGGCCACUACGAGACUCACACAACAGUUUGUACAGUCCACAGCUUGUUUCCAUUGGUCCUUUUCACUAUAGGAAGAACCAGCUGAAAGAGAUGGAGAUGUCCAAAUCUGAGGCAGUUCGAAGGAUGCAAAAGAGGAUUCAGCUGAAAGACCCACGGGCUUCUAUCGAGUCAAUUGUUAAACAAAGAAUAGAGGCCAAGGACAGGGAGAUUAGGGAGUUCUACGGUGAGCAUAUUCCCUGGGGUUCUGAAGAAUUGGCGUGGAUGGUCACUAGGGAUGGUUGUUUCAUUUUUGAAUUUCUUGUUAAUUAUAUCCAUAGAAUUAGCGGAUCUGAGGAUAUGUAUAAGGAGGAAGUGUCUAAAUUUUCGUGGAAAUACAAUUUAGUUUUUGAUUUUAAUUUCGUAAGUCCAAUGAGCGAAAGAAUAAUGGAUGAUAUACUUUUAUUUGAAAAUCAAAUACCUCUUUGCAUUUUGAAGGAAAUUCUUCAUAUCAAGAUGGGUUCUACGGAAGGGGCCAAUAAGACGUUCGACUUCUUAAUGCUCUUUCUGCUCACAAGCACGACUAGUCAUAAGAUUUUUAUGUGGUAUGUGACUUAUUCUUUUAACAGCUCUUCUCAUUUCCUUGAAGUACUCUACCACGGUAUUGUGGGCUUUAAUGUUAGAUCCUACGGGAAUACUGAAGCAAAGGCAUUGCCCGGCAAUCGAAUGCAAUUGUUGUUUAAGAAGCUGUCCUUGACUGGGAAUCGCGUGCAGUUGUGCUUUAAGAAGCUGUCUUUGCCUGGGAAUCGCAUGCAGUUGUGCUUUAAGAAGCUGUCUUUGCCUGGGAAUCGCAUGCAGUUGUGCUUUAAGAAGCUGUCGUUGCCUGGCAAUUGCAUUCAGCUGUGGUUUAAGAAUGGCGUUGAUUUGAUAAAGGCCAUUUGUGGACGUUGGUGUAAACUCUCCUCAAACGAGAAUCCUGACGAACCGAUCGCUUUUGUGAAGCUGCCAUCAGCAGUAGAACUCACCCGCGUAGGAGUGAAGAUCAGCCCAGUGUUAUUUAAAGCAGCAAGAGCAUUUGAACCAAUAUGUUCAGCCAUUCGAUGGAUAAGAUUUGAUGAGAAAACAUCAACGCUUUACUUACCACAAAUCAGAAUAACGCCAGACUCAGAUUUAAUAAUGAGAAGCAUUGUAGCAAUGGAAGUGAGCAUCAAAGACAGGUACGACCCUAUGCCAAUGACUAUGUUUUGCAAAUUUAUAGAUGAGCUGAUAGACAACGAAGAAGAUGUUGCCGUGCUAAGGAAGGCAGAUGUAAUUAAGAACUUCCUUGGAAGCAACCAUCAAGUGGCAUAUCUUUUCAACUCUUUACCUCAAGGGAUUCCAUAUCGUUCGAACUGCAAAGUAAUUGAUGAUGUCAGAAGGGGAUUGCAUAAGUAUACGAAAAGAAAGUAUAAGAUCUUGUGGAGUGAGUUCGUAAGUGCUUAUUUUUCAAAGCCAUGGCUGGUUGCAGGCUCCAUGGCUGCCACGUUGCUACUUCUGAUGACAGUGGCACAAGUGUUCUAUUUGUUUUUCACUUGCAAUCCCUAA